AAUCUAUGAGAGGAAGAAGAAGAAGGAGUCGCCCCUUUCGUGUUCCCACAAUCCUUUGCGGCACAGCGAUACCACAUAUUUGAUUAAGGAGAAACGUCGCUACGCUGGGAAUCUUGCCAACAGUUCGCAAUAUUAGCCUCCCCGUCAAGAUGAUGUGCGACACCGCAAGCAGAAGUUUUCGGUCGCAGUUAGCCGCUAUCCUGGACAAGCUUACGAAGGCGGCUUUGGUUGAAAUAGGCAGCCUAGCUGAUGAAUGCUCAUCCGUCCUUCACACCGAGAUAUCCCUGCACAAGACGGAGAAUGAGGUGUUGAAGAAGAGGUGUUACUCACUGGAGGUCCAGCUGAGAGCAGCGAGGGAGGCACAGUCCUACUCUGCACAUGUCAACAAUGUCAGCCGCCGGCACCUUGCAGAACAGCACCAGCUUGCUCCAGCCAUCGACGGGGUUUUUGGAAAGGACUGGUGCAUGGAUCUGUGGAGAGAAGAUAAAAUCCCCCCUCAAAGAAAAGAGACAGUGGAGCCGGCUGCUAUGACAAGCAUGGGAACACCGGCAAUAGAUUUAAUGGAGAGAGACCCUGAUCUCAUCUUUGUAAAGGAGGAGGCAUAUGAUGAUCAUCCCAUUGGCCUGCAGAUGAGGCUCCCCGAUAACAGAAAAGUUACUGGAAUUUUUGAGGAGGACAGCAUGCUUCAUAGAUCUGUUGAUGAUCUGCAGCUUCACUCAGGGGAAUUAAGCAACUUCUCCAUGACGGCUGACGGUCAAACACAACAACGCACACCACAGCCUACAAUUAUGGACAAGUUAAUAGAUGAUGCAACAAUGAGCACUCUAGUUGACAACACAAAUCCUCCAUCAGCCACUGCUGAAUACUCUGACUAUACGAACAAUAUCCACAUGAACACAACCAAAGAACUCACCCUUCAGCAAAAACCUGUGAAGCCACUAAAACAGUUUCAGUGCUUAUUCUGUGGGAAAACAUUCAACUAUUUGAGCAGUUUAAAAGUCCACAUCAGGCGACACUCCGGUGAGAAGCCCUUCAGCUGCUCAGUUUGCGGGAAGCGGUUUGCACAGAAAACAUACCUGAAACUGCACCAGCGCGUGCACUCGGGGGAGAAGCCUUACAGCUGUCCAGACUGCGGCAAAAGCUUUUCCCAGAAAAGCUCUUUGAACAUACAUCUUCGAACACACACCGGGGAAAAGCCUUAUAGCUGUGUGGAUUGUGGGAAAUGUUACGCAUACAAGUAUGGUUUGAAUCACCACCAGUGUUUCAAUUGACUGGUCAAACCACAUGGUUAUUGGUUAGAAGUCUAACUCUGAUCAGAACUGUCACUUCUUCUACUAAAGUGCUCUCUUUGUUGCUCAAAGUGGCUCAACGUGUGCCAAAAUGUCUAUACGAAACUAAAACGUGGAUGAAAAAUGUAGAUUUGAACUAUUCCAGCCUAGAUAAAAGAAAAGCUAAUUUUAUAGCCUACGUGGUUAACAGCUCGGCUGUAAAGUCUUAGCUCAUUUGAUGUGUUUUUAGCUUUAUUGCUAAGAGAAAUGUUGCAGCAGCCAAAAAAAGAUUACAAAGAAUAACUGUCCUUUCUGGUGUACCAUUUGAAUUGGUGGGAUUAUGUUUAUUUCAUUGGUUAGGGGGUUUAUUGAAAUGUUUGAUACUCUUAACAAGCCUUUAAAAGGUACAAUGUAUAAUUCCUGGCCACAUGCCCCAAACAAAUUGCAGUGAUACUAUUUCUAAUAGUUCUUGUGGAUGGCCAGAUAGCAACAUUUCAUCAUGUGGAGGAAAAAAUCAGGGGAAUUGAAACUUCAUGAGGACAGAGUGGAGAGGGACAGAGAAGUCAAAAGGGUUGGAAAGCAUGGGAUGCAUAACUUAAACAUUGAUCAGAAUCAUAUCAUUUAUAUUGUGUAUAUAGAUUAUCAGUGUGAUUCUUGCCAUAUUAGCUUGAGAUUGAAUGUAUUAAACUAAAAUUCUGGCCAUAUCUUACACAUUGUACCUUUUUUUUAAGGUCAAUUUCACAUCAUAAUAUAGAUCAGGUGACACACAUUUGCUGCUUAACAUUUAAUGUGAGGUGUUCAUCCAAACUAUGACAAAAAAAAUAUUUCAUUCAUUGCAUGAUAUACAUACCUCAGUGACAUUUCAGACCACAAAUAAUGGCAAAAUAAUUACUUUGGACAAGUGCUCCAUUGUUUGCACAUGUAGCAGAAACCUUCAAAACUACCUCUUCACAACAAUACAGAAUUAAAACAACUAGCUCUGUCGGUGCCGAAAUCUUGCGACUGCUGCCAUGCCUCAUUUACCAUUUAACUACACAACGUAUGUAGGCCUCUCUCUUUCAAAGCUCUUCUUUCAAAUUUGUUUCAGGAAUUGUUCAGGUCUAAUACUGUUCCAAAAUGUAUUUGUAUGGCUGGUUACAGAAGACAAAUUGUGUGCAGACAAGCCAAACUGUUUUUUUCCUAAGUGUUUACAGGUUGUUUUAAAGAAAAUCAUUUGUUAUUCUAUACUUAACUGUCAUCACACCUCAACAGAGAAAUUAUCUGUAUUAAGCACCUGUUUUGCCUGUAAUGAUUCCCCUGAAUGGCUCACACAGAGAAUUGUCCCUUCUCAAGACCGAAAUCUUGUGGUAUUGGAUCCCCCCCCCCGUUCACUCACACCUGCAUGCUUUUUACAAAACCCCAUCAGAUGUGUGAUAAAACAGAUUCCUCAAGUUCAAGGCAACUUGACUUUAGAUUAGACAAAAUGUAACUGAUACAAUUGAAGGAGGGUUCUAUCAAAUGUAUUAAAUAAAAUUUUAUUCAACAAGUGAA